UCCAGCCGGGCAGAGGCGUGAUAGUGUGAAGGUGUCUGUGUUCAAAAAAUCAAUUCCAAAGACCAAAAGCCCAAUAAUCAACUGAUGGAUUCUGAGGAAUGGCAGGUGGAGAAGAGGCCGCUCAGCAAGAAAGAGCAGGAGGAGGAAGAGGAAGCAUGCAUGUACGCCAUGCAAUUGGCCACCUUACAAGCGCUGCCCAUGGUGCUGAGAUCGGCCAUUGAGCUCGACCUUUUCGAGAUAAUCGGCAAGGCCGGCGCAGGGGCACAUUUGUCACCUUCGGAGAUCGCCGCUCACUUGCCCACUAAUAACGCUGAUGCUCCUGUGAUGCUGGACCGCAUCCUGCGCCUUCUGGCCAGCCAUUCCAUCCUCACCUGCUCUCAGCACACCCUCGACGACGGCAGCAGCAGCCCCAGCCCCCAGAGGUUAUACGGUCUUGCUCCAGUCUCCAAGUUCUUGAUAAACAACAAAGAUGGAGUCUCUUUCACUCCCUUGGUUCUGCUGGAUCAAGACAAGGUCUUCGUAGAGAGCAGAUACCACCUGAAAGAUGCAGUGUUGGAGGGUGGAAUCCCCUUCGAGAAGGCCCAUGGGAUGACAUCUUACGACUACCUUGGCACAGAUCCCAGGUUCAACAAUGUUUUCAACAAUGCAAUGUCCAACCUUUCCACCAGCAUCAUGAAGAAGAUUCUCAACACCUACAAGGGCUUCGAGGGCCUCACCUCCUUGGUGGACGUGGGUGGGGGAGUGGGUACCACCCUCAACAUGAUUGUCUCCAUGUACCCAUCCCUCAAGGGUAUCAAUUUCGACUUGCCUCACGUCAUCGCGAAUGCCCCUUCCUACACCGGCAUCGAACACGUCAGCGGCGACAUGUUCGUCAGUGUUCCCAAAGCCGAUGCUGUCUUCAUGAAAUGGAUCUGCCAUAACUGGAGCGACCAACACUGCCUUAAAUUCCUCAAGAACUGCUACGACUCUAUGCCCGACAACGGCAAGGUCAUCGUCGUCGAUGGUCUCCUCCCGGCAAUCCCGGAGGCCACACGUGCUGCCCAGAGCCAAAUCCAGAUGGAUUGCAUCAUGCUGGCUCACUGUUCAGGUGGAAAAGAGAGGACCCAGAAGGAGUUCGAAGCCCUGGCCAUGGGUGCCGGCUUCUCUGGCUUCCGAGUUGCCUGCAGCAAUACUUUUAACAGUUAUGUCAUGGAAUUCUUAAAGAAGGUCUGAGCCUCUCUCUCUCUCUCUCUCUCUCUCUCUUCUUUGGGUUUGCCUUACAGAUGGACCAUGUUUGGAUGGCUGUAUCUUCAACUGCUUGCUCUGCUCUUAUGGUCUUGCCGCCUUAUGAAAAAUUAGGAUAACAAAUUCUUUGAGCUCUGUUUGUUGUGGUAAAUAAGA